AUGGCGCGGCGCAUUGCGUUGUUGCUGAUAGUGACUGUUGCCUCCUGUAUGGAGAUGCAAGAAACGGUAGAAAGAAUGGUCAUGGUCCGCACUACUGGAUCUGACCUUCAACCGGCGGCAACAGGUUAUAUUUACAAAAAACAAAGUGACGGCUUAGCUAGUGUAACUAAGAUGGAUGAAAGUGAAAUACUAGAACAGUUGUCGAAGUUCUACGAUCAACCGAAAGCUUUUGCAGCGCCCGUCGAAGUUCCCGGACCAUUCCAUAGUGAUGAAGCAGAUGAUAUUAAAGUAGCGUCACAUUCUAGCGCAGCGUAUGUGAUUCCUGUUGAAGAAAAACAAGAGAACGAUGAUCAUUUAUUAGAUGAAAUAACUAAUGAAAAUUAUAGAAAAAAAUAUGGUACUUAUAAGAAAGAUUAUCCCGAUUAUCUUCAUGGCUUAGGUCAUUUCGAGGAUGGAAUUUAUCAUGACCAUGGUGCAGGUGAGCACUACGGUUCUGAUGGCCAUUAUAAAUAUGGCGGUAAGGGAUAUAAAGGUUAUGGAACAAAAAAUCACUAUGGGAAAGGAGAUGCUGGGGACUACCACACAGAGAAAUAUGAAAGUUUCUAUGUAUCAGGCAAGGGUGGUCACAAGAAGGAGUAUGACGAAGCCGACAACCACGGCAAGCACUACGCAGAAAGUCAUGAAGAAAAAGGCGGAGACCAUGGACAUAAAGAAGCACACAGCAAAGGUGAAAAGGUUGAAGGAUUUCACAAAGUCUUCGAUAAAAAUGAAUUCAAGAAAGACCAUGACUUUUAUGAUGGCGAAGGGCACAAAGGUGGCUUCCAUAAGUUCGAUGAUGGAUACAAAUACAAUGAAUCAAACGAUUCUAAACAUAAGAAAGGAAGCUCUCACGACUCAGCAAAUCACGAGAGUGAAUCGGGAAAAGAAGGACAACACGAGAAAGAGUCAGAUGAUGCUCACGACACCGCACACUCAGCUGAAGAAGGAGAAAUAUCUGAACACCAUGAACACAAAGAUUUUGGCUCUAAAAUCGGAUCUUACAAGGGCAAGGGCUACGGCUACGAAGUCAAACACUGA